AUGUAUGCUCGAUAUGGACGUGUGUCCUUUGGAAUAUGGAAAGAGAUGUACGAUGGAGCUGUGAAGUUCGCAAAGGCUUUGAUGAAACUAGGCAUUAAAAAAGGAGACAAGGUUGCAGUUUGUGUUCCUAACUGUGUAGAAUGGAUGAACUACGAUAUUGGAAUCAUGAUGACGGGAGCUUAUUCUAUGAGAUUAAUGUUUGGAUUAGCAGAUAUGAAAUCUAUUAUAAAAGGAUGUAGUGCUGUUGUAUUUGGAUCCAAAUCUAUUUGGGACAAUUUCUUAACUAUUGCACAAAUAAAUGACAAUGGAAAAGUAUCUAGCGAAGUGUGUCCCGAUUUGAGAUUUGCCAUUGAUGUAUCCAAUACAGAUGGACCAGCCAAUGCUUUAUCUGCUGCUAAAUUGAUGGCAGAAAUAAGUGAAGAUGUCGCAGUUGAAUUUCCUUACAUUGACCCAGAAGAUAUUGCGUCAAUCAAUCAGACUUCCGGAAGCACAGGUGUGCCUAAAUGUAUCUGUCACAGCCAUUUUGAAUAUUUAAGCAUGCCCGAUUCAGAUUUUAAGGAGACUUCUUAUUUUACUACAUUCAAUAGUCGUCCAAUGGGAUAUAUUGGAGGAUAUCCGUUGACUGUGCUAACCAGAGGAUCAUUGCAUGUCAGUGGAGACGUAGAAAUGCUGAAUGAUCCGAAGAAUCUCGAUUUUGUCAUAAACAUAUGGCAGAGUGAAGAAUGCAACAUAGUUGGUAUUUCACCACAAGAUUUGAAACGAGUUAGCGAUCGCGGAUUCCGAGUUAAUAUGGUAGCAUCAGGUGGAGACAUAAUUACCCGGGAUGAAAUAGAACAUGCUUUGAAGAUUGCAGAUAGUUUCAUGGUUGCUUAUGGAAGUACUGAAGCUUUCAUCAUAUCUCAUCGAAUUUUUACCCCAGAAAAUAUUUCAGAACAUCGACAAGGAAUGCUGGGGCGACCAGUUGAAGGAACGGAAAUCAAAAUUGUUGACGAAGAGAAGAGGGUUGUAGAUAUUGGAAAGACAGGCUAUUUGUAUUUUCGAAGUAAAUGGGUAACAAAAACACAUCUGGAUGGUACUUCAUGUUUAGAAAAUGGUUGGUAUCCAACAUCAGAUAUUUGUUACUUAACUGAAGAUGGUGAUCUCAUAAUGGUUGGAAGAAGCACAGAUUUUAUUAAGAAGUCUACAGUAAAGUUAUCUAUUAAACUUAUUGAAGAUUACGUCGGACGCCAUCCGAGUGUAGAUGCUGUGGUUGUCGUACCAAUUCCUGACGAGGCAGUUGGAGAACUAUGGGGUUGCACAUUGUCCUGA